UGCGAACCGUUCUCUAGACAGCACGCAAAAACGAUCUGGAGCCAUGGAAGGAUACACUGGGGAAGGCCCAAAAUGGCGCCUAGAGCACGCAGCCAACAACCGAUCCACAUGCCAACAAGCAGUCUGCAAGCGUGGAAAGGUUAAGAUUGGGAAGGGCGAGCUGCGCAUUGGCACGCAUACUCUUUUCGACAAUGAAGACCGACAUGACUGGUACAUGGCGUGGCGUCAUUGGGCCUGCGCAACGAAACAUCAACUCAAAGGUCUCAAGGACACUACGGACAACGAUGCCACAAAAGCACCUGGUUACCAUAGUCUCAGCCCAGAGAGCCAAGAACAGAUACGUCUUGCAUUCGAAAAUGAUUGUGUCACCGACAAGGAGUUCAAGGGCAUCUCUGAAGACAUGGCAAAGCGUGCGCCCAAGUACGGUGGCGAGAUCCUGAACGCAACUGGAUACAAGGUCGAUGUUGCUAGGAGAGCAGCUGGCUGUCGUGGCUCAGUGUGUCAGACAACUGGUGUGAAGAUCCUCAAGGGCGAACUGAGGCUCGGUAUCUCGAUUCCUUACGAUGGAGAGCACGAAUCAUGGGUCUACAAGCACUGGAAGUGUAUGUCGGAACACGACCUUGAAGCGGCCAAAGAAGUCUCCGAGCAAGACAGUUUCGAUGGAAUCGACGAUCUACCAGCAGAGUACAACCAGGUAGUCCUUGAGACGUUCGAGAAGGGCGAAGUUGUCGAGCCGCCGGCACCAGAAGUCGAGCCCCCGAAGACGCGGCGCAAGAAGAAGAAGGCUCAGGCUGAUGAUAACGAUGGUCCGGAAGUCGUCACAACGCCAACAUUGGAGCCCAAGGUCGAGCCCCAGGAAGGUUCGGCGACAAAUAUCAAAGCCGAGAGUGACGAGCUCGACGAUGUGAAGGCUGUCCUGUCACCCCAACCGGAUCAAGAAGCUAAACCGAAGAAGCCACAGGGAAAGAAGAGGAAGAUCCAAGACAAAGACACUGACGCUCCUAAACCGAAACGCAAUCGCAAGAAGAAGGCGGUCAAGGAAGUUGAGACUAAUGAGGAAAGCGAGGCAAGCGAGGUGGAGUAUGUUCCCAGGAAGACGAGGAGCCGACGCGUACCACUUGUGGAAGCCGAGCAGCUCGUAUGAACGAUAGGCACAGAUGCUGGUUUAGAAACGUCCUGAAGAGCAUACACAGCUGGUAAUAUCUUGUGUCCUAGCCAUAUAUUAUAAAGUAGUAGAGUUAAGGUUCAG